ACGAAUAUCGCUUGUCACUUUAGUAAUAUGUUCUUGGUUUCGUGUCAGCUCCUAGUGCUGAUGUGUAGGUCAGGGCUUAGACCCCUUGAAAAUGUGUAAAUGGUAUACUAAAGAAGCUUGUCUUUAUCCAUCUGACGUCUCUAUUUCGUAGCCUACAUGGCACAGCGUUACUUGAUGGCGCACAUGCGAUGACUAAAUUCGUAGAAUACUCAGGUUUAGGAAACUCCUCUUUUUCGAGGUGUGCAAGAUGUUGACGUUGGCCUUCUCUGCAUCCUUUUCUUGCAUUCUUCGUCUGUGGUCUGGGUGGGCCAUGUGUGAGGUCUGAAUCCAGAACACUAUGUGCAAGCUAUCAUGGGAGGUCGCGCUGUUCAGUUUUUGAACAGUUUGGUCUGACACGCUUAUCCACCUUCUUCCGCCAUGCAAAUGAGACAUCUUUAGCACGCGUGAUCUGCUGCAACUUCUGUUUCAGAAACAGCUGCCGAGUUUAUGUCUUGCAGGGGAAGACCAUGGCCUUUAAUCGGCGAACUGAUUGUACACAUGGAAACCCAGUUAUCGGGCAGCGGGCAUGGAAACACGAGCUGGAGAUGCACCAGCAGCGGCUGAGGAACAUGAAACCUCAAGUCGACACGCGAGCCCCUGCUAGUGAUGCUUUCCAUCGGGCAGUUCGCAAAGAUUUCUACACGGAACAGAGAAAGAAGACGAACGAUGCCUUUGAGAACCUCAAAAUGCUCCGCGCUAUCGCGACUACCAUGAACAGGUCUUCGGAACUCUCGAGGCCACAAGAAGCAACGAAACAUAGCCUCAACGAAGCAGCCAGGCGAAGGGAGCUCCUCCGCAUAUACGAACAGAAUCAGUUACUUUUGCAUCGACUGGAGGCUACGAAGCCUGUGUAUGUCAUGAACCGGACAGAGCGAGAAUUUCUCGAGCAGGAGAGGUGGGUGUCAUUGUGCAGCUACUCGACGCGGCGGUUACGCCAGCGAGCUGGCAGGAAAUCCCCUACGUCUCCAGCGAGGCCGUGUACUUCCUCUCAGCCCAGAACAGUUCAGCUGAAGAGCGACAAUCAUGCACGCACGAGAUCCCCCUUGGCGUGCCCAGCUAUGCUGAAACCUACAUAUCAAACUGCGACUGCGGCACCGAAACGCGAAGAUGGCCACAGGCUGCUGACGGGGUCGAAGAGUGCCCCGAAUUUGAGAAGCUGUAACAGGACAGAGAAGGAAAAUGACGUGGAUGGCAUCUGCGAUGACACUCGCCAUGAAUUUCGUUGGAAAGAUUAUACCGUCUACCCGACCAGCACUGCCAUGGGCGUGAAGCCUCACCGUUUCAAAGAAAGCGAUUUGACUGCACAUCGACAGCCAUUCAAGAAAAAGAAGUGACGCUUGGUUCUGCCCGAGCAUGUAUCCGAUUAAUGUUCAGUAAGCAGCUACGCAUACAUACUGCGACACUUCAGUACCAAAAGGGACGCUCCGUGGGCUUUUUAUUGGAGACAGGCAAGAUAGGAAGCACCAACGUGCCCUACCAAAACAUUUUUUUGAGAGCCGUCUCAGAUUGCACAAUAUGCUCACUUUGGGAUGCGUACGCAUACGGGCCACGUAUACACACAGGUAAAAUGAUGUGUCGAGAGAACUGAACCGCGAAAGCGUAUGCAUGGUGCCUUGGCCUUUCACCGAAGAGGUGUAUGAACACAAACGUUUAAAAAAUAUUGGUGUCCAUAGGUAUGUCGACUUUCUGUGAUAAAACGAUUUUUCUUCCCUGAGUCGCUUGUUGGGCGGUACCAUCUGGUUUCGUGCUAGGAUAUACUUUGUAAACUUCAUUACUAGUAACAACCAUCUCUCCGACAGUCCGUGGACCUCAGAGAAACACACGACCCGGAUUUGUUUUCGGGAAACGGAGUAAAUCAAGCAGAACGAUCAAGCAGGUAUCCGAGCCUACUGAUGUUCUUCAUUGACAAACCAAGGGUCUCGAUAUUGAAGUGUUUGCGCCGGAACAAACAGUGCCACAUGCUACUGUGACUCGGACACACCGACAACUCUGCGAACAACUUAUGGUUUACGGCGGACAUGAAGGACUUUUGCGAGGUGUUCU